GCAAGAAAGAAAAGUUGGGACGGCCGCUGCAGAGACCAUUGUCUUCGUCAAGCUGGUCAUUAUACGGGAUCUCGAGUGAACUGCGCUACGGAUUUGGAUGGACUCGUUGGGUUCGAAUUCUCGUGAUGCCGUCUCGUCACGCGAGGGUGUACUUUCUGAUGAAAGGAUGCCAGAUAAACGAGCUCUAGAAGAUGCUGCAUGUGCCAUCUCUUUCUGUCUUGACAAUAAAUUUAACGAAGCAGAAGAGCUACUAAAGCCAUGGUCUCACAUAAGUAUGUACCAUGCUUUGGGGUAUAGUACUCUAAUGUUUCUGCAAGCUAUUAUGACAUUUGAGGAAGAAGCAAUUGCUACUGCUAUUGUCAGUAUAAAGAAUGCGAUGAAAAUUACAGAAAGGAGGCGAAAGAAACAUGGAUGGUUAAAGACAGUAGCCAAUGCUUUCACAGGACGAAAACUGGAAGAGUACACAUCAGAAGAGUUGCAUAGUGAGUUGGUUCAUGCCGAGUGUCUUCUACUAAGGGCUCUCUUAAGUUUCAUUCAGGAUGAGAAUCUUGUGAGUUUCAUCAAGGGUGGACUCAAGAUUCGAAGUUGCUUUCAAUCUUACAAGUCAUUUUGGUCUAUGAUUAAUUCAGGAAGAACUACAGGAGCUAAUGAUGAUCCAGAGUUCAUAUCUGGUACACAAAUGGGACUCGGUGCAUUCAAUUUGAUGGUGUCGUUACUACCAGGAAGGAUUCUCAAGAUCCUGGAAUUUAUUGGGUUUUCUGGAAAUCGGAGUUUUGGUAUGGAUCAGCUGCUAACUGCAUCUGUGACUGACACUUUACGAGCUCCACUCUGUUCAAUUGGCAUAUUGAAUUUUGAUCUACUUAUAACACAUAUUUUAGGUAUUGGUGAUGGUGAUAUAGAAAGAUGUGAAACUAUUUUAGAUAGAUGUCUACGUGAUCAUCCAAAAGGAGCUAUUUUCUUGUUUCUGUCUGGGCGAGCCAAAUUUCUACGUGGCUUUGUUGAUGAGGCAACAUCACUAUAUAAUGAGUCAGUAGAUGCUCAGUCACAGUGGACCCAACUGCAUCAUCUCUGUUAUUGGGAACUGAUUUGGUCACACAGUGUAAAGGGAGACUGGGAGAAUGCAGCACAUUUCUCAGACCUUACCUACCAGAAGAGUCGGUGGUCAAAAACUACGUGUUUAUAUCAAAAAGCUGCAUUUCUCUCCAUGUUGAGGGACCCUGGAGAGCCUGUUGAUGAUUUGGUUAUCGAAAUGAUGAGAGAAGUACCAAAACACAAACAGAGGAUUGCAGGAAAGUCGAUUCCUGUGGAGAAGUUUGCAAUACAUAAAGCAGAAAAAUGUCUUGCACAAGGCAACAGACUAAUGUUGCCAGGUCUGGAGAUACUUUAUGUUUGGAAUGGAUUUACUGUAUUGGCACAGUGUCCAGGUCUGCUUGAGUCUGUUCUGUGCAAACUCGAUGCAGCAUUGCAAUACUUACGGAGUGACUCAUCUUCACGGACUGGCUACCUAGAUGAUCUCUGCCUUGUUCAACUGCUACGAGGCAUCUGCUUGCGAGAUCAAGUGAAAUUCUCUGAUGCAGAGGAGUGUCUCCUAGAUGUCAUCAAGAGACACAAACAGCUAACAUUUGACCCAUACUUAGCUCCAUUUGCAGAGAUGGAGCUUGGUAUGUUGUACGUAAAGAUGCAACAACCUGACAAAGCAAGAAAACAGCUCAUAUCUGCAAGGUCGAAUUACACUAACUUCUUGCUAGAAAGCCGACUUCAUUUUCGAGUACAUUCAGCACUUGCUCAACUGGAUGAAAGUGAACCAGACAGAUCACACUAAUGUAAGGUACAUCUCACUCUAUUGAAAGAAAUGGCAUAAAGGCACACUGCAGAUAUAGGAAGUCUAUAGCCUGGACGAGUAAGCACUGAACAGAUAGAACUUCAUAACUUUGUAGCACAGAUUUCAUUUAGGUUUCAGGGACAUGAAUAUCCCAGUCCAUAUUCUCAUUAAUUUUACAGCCCCUUCUGAAUUCCUGACCUCGUUCAUGAA